CUUCUUGUCACGCGCACGGUGUUAGAAGCCAGACUGGCAUUGUGCGACAGUUGUGAAAAUAUUUUCAACAGUGCUUAUUCGUUUAAAUGAAUCUCAAUCCGAAUGAACCAGACCUAGUUUUUAUGGGUUUGAAACGCAGGCGACCAAGAAUAGUGAAAUUCGAAGCAUACAUGUCGUCCCCAACGGUUUCUGACUACCCUUCAGUCGAAUGAAUUUCAAGGAAUGGUAGUUUGAACCGCCCUCAAGGUCAGGUUUAAAGUACAGAGUAAGCAAGAGAAUAACGGAAGGACCAGAAGCCAGUCUAGAAAGAGGCCUCGCACGUACCUCGCUACAGAGGGCGCUAAUAUUAGCUUGACGACGUCAUCGAGAUAUUUGCAUAGCAUAGUUGGUUGUGAAUGGAAACAGGCAACAUGGACAUCAAAUUUCUUGCAAGCAUUUCUUAAAAACGGUCAAAUUUGACGCGACAGCAAUGGAUUUAUGCGUGUUUUACUCGCGAGGGUUUAAGCCUAAUAUACAUGGACCAUGCUGGUGAUGAAGACAGCACACAUCUGUCGUUGGAUUGGUAGAAAUUCAAGAUGCUGACAGGAACGUAUUCGCAAAAAUUCAAAGAUCUGGAGCAGGAUCGACUGGCUCGGUCCAGUAGCAGUGACAGCCUGAAUCACGCCCAGCAAUUAGCAGCAAGAGACAAGGUUCGUCAGUUGUCUCUGGAAACCAACAGAAGACGAAGAGCCCAAGAGUUAAAAAGGCGCCUAGAAGCCCAGAAAGAGGCCAAAAGGAGGCAGGAGGUGUUGGAGGAGAGACGGAGGAGACAGCAGGAGGCGACUCAGAGGUACCAGAGGGGUCAGAGGGGGUCACCCAAGACAGGACCAAGGAUUACGUCAGGUAAAGCUUAUAGUGAAUCCAGACUUAAAGAUGGAGUCAACAUGGCCAGAGGAUUUAGUCAGAAUGCAACCCAUGCAGGAAACUAUGGCAACCGAGCCCCAGCUUUGGAAGAGGCACUGCGCAUGGUGGGAGUCAACACUGCCCCGGCCAGUUCCAUUGGCUACAAGGGAGGUGGUUAUACAGGAGGGACGGAUUAUACCACUGAAAACAGAGGGGGUUACAGUGACACAGGGGUCGUUUUUAACAAUGAGCAUUAUACUGAUGACAUGCCACCUCGGAGACCAGUAGUGGACUCCAAUGGCAACACUGUUGGCGAAAAUAAGGGCCAUUAUUACCAUGGUUACUCAACAACAGCAACAGCGACCUACAACAGCAAUGUCAAUCAGGAAGCCACCGGGGUGCAGUUUCAACAGACACUGAACGAGAAACAGAAGCAGUUGAUGGAACAGCAGCAGGCUGCAUUGAACGAGUUCAACCAGGCUGUGCUGAAUGAGGCAUUACCAUACCAGAGGGAGGAAGAACUGCAGCGCAGUAGCAGCUUGUCCAGUGUAGAUAGUCUGGAAGAAGAACAGCAGAAGAAGAAUCUCGGCUUUGAUGGUCGCCGUCAACAGCCAGAACCUCCUGCUUACAAGUCCGCCCACUCCAGCUCGAAGCCAAGAAAUGAUGGGGAUAGUGUAGAUGCCUCCGUUCCAGUUAGAAAUGCCUACGGAAAUGGUAACUCAAAGCCAAGCAAACCUGAAGCAGGACACAGUGCAAUAUCUGAUACUCGCUUAUUCACAUCCCACGCCACAUCUGAACAGCAGCACCCACAUACCGCAGGCACACAGAGGGGAUUGAGCAAUGGAGAACUGCUGGUGGAGGAGACUAGCGAAAGUGAUUUUGUCCGUGAGCCUGUGGAAACCAAACCUACGCUCCUUCACGGGACCAAAGAGUUACAUUCACAGCAACUGUCCUGUGGACCGCACUCAACACGGACAUCCCAAGCAUGGACAGAAAGUCCUCAGUUUCACAAUGCCUACAAUGCCAGUCACUCAUCCAUAAAGUAUACAGCAGGACCGGUUACCGCCCAUGCGGGGCACCGGCCAUUCUCAGCCAGGACUUCGGCCACCUCUGUUUCAUCUUAUCCAGCGAGAGUUUUCGAACCUCCCAGUGAUCACCAAUACAGCGGACAGCAGAAACCCGAGCCUGAAUUGAACAAACGGACUGGUGGCAUGUCAAAGUACAUCAGCAGUACUCAUGAGGAUUCCAACUAUGUCAGGUCAAAGUGUGGCCUGUCGAGUAACAUUUCCCAAGGUGUAGAUUACCAACCUACUGAUGGGCCUACGCAAACAGGCAGCCACCUCCAAGAAGAUGGUCCAGGGACAGUAACACUUGGCAGCACUUUAGAAACGCCAGAAAAGAUUGUAAAAAGCAUCUUGAAAAGAAGCCAGGGAUACAAUCCCAUGCCCCAAAAAGUGAAACUAGGAGGAAUGAAGGUCAAAGACAGUUUGGAGAUAUCCCGGGCAACGCAAGUGACCAAAGCUGACCGAAAGUCGGUAAGAUGGACAGAUUUGAAAUACAACGAGGCAGAUGAGGUCCGAUCAGACGAUGUGAAAGUGGGAAAGGAGCAGAAAGUCUCAGUUGAGUCUGCCAAGGCAGAGAGCUCAAACUCCACCAGGAUUCAACAACAUGAUGGUUCCGGGAGAGCUCAGUUUAAAGAUGAGCAACAGAGUGCAAGUGCUGGAACACCACCGAGGGGUCCAACAAGGCUUCAGAGGAGGGCCCACAAUGCCUCCAAGCCUCCCCCUGGCCGCUCAAACGCUGGCAGUUCUACAAGGCAAGUUGAAUCUGAAAAUCCCCAAGCCGUGUCUAGAGUCAUCGGCAAAGCGAUGAACCACCAACCUGAAUCUAGCAACAGGCAUAUCUCAACUACCCAUGAAGACAGCAGGGUCUACCAAAAUGGAAUCCGUCUGGACAAGACUCCAACCGACGAAGAAAUCAACUGGUUAUGGGAUAAAGUCCGGACAUGUUUGAACACCCAGGAGCAAGGUGGAGUUGGUCCAAACUCGGACAUCUCAAGCAGGCAACCAGCAAGCAUGUCCAAGCAUUGCAUAGAUGGUAACCGGUUAACAGCCAAUCUCAGGGUGUCGGCCCAGGGUCACGUGACCACACCCCAAGACCACUGGACCAAUCAAAGGAAGUACAAUACCUACCCAAGAAUUCGCACCAGCAGUGACUCCAGUGCCACUUCACUCCGCAAGACUGCAUUGUUGCAGCAGCGGAGGCAGCACAGCGCUGUAGGGAAUCUUCGCACUGGGUACCAGGGAAGGAGCAAUCAGCAUUACACAGGUCCAGUACCUGGACUUCAUCCAAGCCCGCCCUCUGCUAGUCAUCAUCAAACAGGCCCGACUGUCAGCAACCAAGGACCCAUUAGAACAGCUUCCGGAAUUCCUCAUGGCCAAAACCAAGAUGUGAGUGAUAGCCUGUUAGCGUUCCAGCAAGCAGAACGCCUAGCUGCCCAGGAAGAUCUAUCCGAAUCGGAAAUAGCAGCAACCAUGGAACACCAGAAGAAACAAGCAUUCCUCCAGAAAGCACCAACUGCAUUGUCAUUAGAAGAACAGAGGAUUUUGGAGUCCCUGGACAAGCUGAAUGCACAGCUGAGAACCGUGACCUCGGAGACUGAUGUAGGAAUCCAACCGUUCAUGAUGCAGCCCAAGCCACCCCCUCAGGGUUCAGGAUUCCGUAGCCAGCGUCCUAUCAGCGCGCGACAGCGGGCAGUAGCUGACCCAAACAUGACCCAUCGUACGAGGACUCUCUCGGCAGAUCGGAGUAACGCCAGGAUAAACUACUACCACUGAGCAGAUGGAGACAAUAUUAAGGAGAAAGUUUUUAGACUGGAGGAAGUCUACGGCCCAGUCAGUCUGUGUUUGGGUUUAGAUUUAACCAGUAUUGUAAUACUCCGCUGACUGAAGCAAGUUGAUGAUUACAUUGACUGAGAAAGGAAAAAAGUUUGGCAAAUUUGUACAGCUUUUUUGUAGGAAUAGUCUGAUACUGUGAAAGGUUUUUGGCCAAGUUUGGGCACUAGUUCCUGAAAGCAUUGAAGGUGAGCAGGGAAUCUUGCCAGUGGAUGAAUAUUAUGAAUUUUAGAGUUGAGGGUGAUGAUGAUGAUGGACAGCAUUUGAAAUUGAUUUUGUAUUGGUGCUGAUUCUUGGGAACUCGCUUUCUGAGAGGUCGGUGUGUCUCUCUUGUGCUUGAGCUGUUCUAGUCUCCCUGAAACUACGAAGGAUGAUGGGCACAGGCCCUGGCUUAAAAAGGAACGUAUCUUGCAAAAGUGGCCUCGAUGAAGCCACCAAAACACAGGUGAUUUUUCUCGCAAAAUUCUGGCAGAGUAUUUUUCUAUUUAUUAUUAAUCAUAAUUUCAUCUCUGAAACAAGACCACCAGAUAAAUCACUUUUAGAUGUUUCUCUCAGUGCAGGUGCCCAUUUGAAAAUACUUUUAACAGAAACAUAGGAAGAAAAACGAAAAUAAUUUGUUCCUUCAAUUUUCACUGAAGAUGAAUAUUCAUAAAAAUAUUUUCACAGUGAUGUUUUAGAUCAAAAAUGAAUUGUGUGCACUGCAGGUACUACCAUAAAAUAUUGCAACAUACGAUGUGGAACUGCACAAUUUAUACACAGGUGUAUUUUAAGUGCCAACAUCUUCUUGUUUUCAAUAGAAGGAUGAAAAUGAGGGAUCCCCAUUUUUCACUAUUUUGCAUCCAUCCAUUUUAGCCAACGUUUUUGUGCUGUGGGAUUAUAUUUUAAAAUUGUACUUAAUUUAAAUUUUAAUGAAGAAUUUUUAACACAGUGAAAAAUUCCCAUUUGUUGUGCUGCUUGUAACGUACUUGCUAGUCAUUGAACUUAAAUUUCAAAUAUCGAAAUAAUGUGUAUAUAAAAGAGAUGUAUGUUUCUCAAAGAUAUGGAAUGGCUGUAAAUUAUGUUUGUUGAGUACACUGA